GCCAUUGAGAACUACUGUGUGAGCUGUGAUUGGUCACAGCUUGUCACAUGGUACAAAGCUGUUAUUUCACACGUAGUAUGCAAUGAUGUCACAAGUGACAUCUUGCUUACUACUCUGCAUGUGAUCACUGAUUGGCGAAUCAGUGAUCACAUGAUCGGGACCUCUCAGAGGUCCCGUCCGACGAUUGGUGUUCCAAUGUGUCCUGGGAGGUCCCAGGGAGUGCGCACAAUCAGGGGCAGGGAGGCCAUUUAUAAACAGCCACCCGCCCCUGCACUGCCACCGUCCGGCCGUUUAUAUACAACGACUGGAUGGGAAGUGGUUGAAGAUAUAUGU